AUGGAACCUCCCGUGGGGAAGGCGCAGUCUCUGCUACUGCUCGCUCCAGUCACCGCCCUGCAGUGCGUGGGGGACCAAGUCCUGGCAGGUGAAGGGCCUAACCUACUAAUCUAUUGCUUGGAAUCUGGAGGGCAGCUUGUAGUGACCAAGUUUGUGCCAAGUGUUCUCAGUCAUUAUUACAUCCAUGGCAUCAGGGAACUUCCGAGCCCAUCCUCUACAAAGGCAUCAGAGACAACCGUGGCUGUCUUUGGAAGCAAAGGCCUCCGUGUCCUGACAUUGAGCUGGGGAGAGAAGGCAGUGAGUCUGACGUGGAUGUCCCAGCUUUGUGAACUUCAUGACUGGAUCUGGGAUCUUCACUGGGUCCAGGGCCCUGGAAAAGCCACUCUUGCCUUGGCCCUAGCCCUGGGACACAACUCAGUGGUCCUGUAUGACCACAUCCAUCAGCAGACCUUGCAGGAGGUACACUGUGAAGAGACAUGUAUUAUCUAUUCUGCUUGCUUGGUGGGGAAGGACUGGCAGGAGCUGGUGCUGGUUGCCGGCACCGUCUUUAACCAGCUUGUGAUUUGGCACCCAGCUGAUUUCACUGGUGAGGAAAGAAGAGUCAAAGUAGAAAGAAGGAUAAAUGGGCAUGAUGGAGUCAUCUUCAGUAUCUGCUACCUGGAGAGUAAAGGCCUUUUAGCCUCGGCCUCUGAUGACCGGAGCAUUCGGGUCUGGAGAGUGGGGGACCUGAGGGCCCCUCUCAGCUUAGUUCAAUGUAUCCUAGUGUGUUACGGUCACCAGUCCAGGGUAUGGUCCAUCCAGCUCCUGGACAGUUAUAUCGUUAGCAUUGGUGAGGAUUCAGCUUGCAUUGUAUGGAAUUACAUUGGUGAAAUAGUCCAGACCUUUAAAGGACACAAAGGUCGUAGCAUCAGGGCUGUGGCUGUGCACCGGACACAAGCCUGGCUGGUCACAGGGGGGGCCGAUUCAGGCAUUAGACUUUGGCCCCUUCUAGGGAACGGGCUUCUGGGCAACAGUCUCUUGCCACUCAGUUUCAGCUCUUUUACAAAGAAGGGAUCUCCAAAAGCUUUAACUUUAGUCAGUAGCUCAUGGCUUCUUGUGAUGACUGACAUUGGAGCUGUUUAUCUAUAUGACUUGACAAUUAAACAGUGGAAGUUCAUCCUGGAUGAUAUCAAUUACCAGUCCUACAAUUUGCUGGAUGCAGUUCAGCUGCCUGGUGGCAGUGUGAUAUGUGCACUGGGGAACUUGGAGGGUCACAUUAAAAUAUUUCCCCUCCACUACCCACAAGAGGCAAAGGAACUGAAGAUUUAUAAGGGGAAGGUCCAUGGACUGAGCUGGGUCACACGCCAGCCCCAGGAUCCAUUAAGGCAUGAUUCGUGUUGUGCCCUUUUUUUGUCUGGCCCAGAUGGGGUCUUGUCAUGGCUAGAUGUCUCCUUCUGCCCUUUGGGAAGGGUAGACAAGGUGGUUGAGCGCCGGCGCUAUGUUCUGCCCCUCUGCAAACAAAGGUGGCACACCUGCCUCACCUUCUUACCCCAAGGGGACUUCUUUGUGUGUGGUGACCGCAGGGGCUCUCUCCUAUUGUUUUUUUGUGGAGCAGCCACUGUCAAACCAGGCAGGGAAGAGAGAGGAGAAAGGGAGAGAGGCAGCAGUACGGAUGGGGACGAGUCUGACCAUGGAUCCGAUCAUUCUCUCUCCCCUGGGGAGGGAGCCCCUGUUGACCUUCUGUAUGGGAUUCAUGGGAAACAAGGUGUUACCUCAGUGACCUACCACAAGGGCUACGUCUAUAGUACAGGCAGGGAUGGCUCCUUCCAACAGCUCAGUGUGCUGGGUCAGCGGCUCCAGCCACUGUGGAAACAGAAGCCCUGCAAAGGCAUGGACUGGGUGGCUGGGCUCAGCUUUGCCCCUGAUGGAAACCUGCUUGUCCUUGGCUUCCAUUCUACUGACUUUGUUGUCUGGAGCCCAAGGACCCAUGAGAAGCUUCACGUAGUGCCCUGUGGUGGAGGCCACCGUUCUUGGGGUUACACCAGCACUCCAGCCACCAUGGUCUUUGCCUAUAUCAAGGCUGGGGAUGUCAUGGUGUAUCAGGCCCAGGAGGGAGGCAGCAGCUGCCAAGCAGUCCUAAAGGAGUCCCUGCAUGGCCGAGAGCUCACUUGUGUGAGGUAUGUUGGAAGUGUGAAGUCUCAGGAGGGGAACACCAUCACUGACAUCCUGGUCACGAGUAGUGAAGACACAACAGUGAACAUCCUGGCUUUUGUGGCUGCUUCCUCCACAGUCUUUUUGCUUGCCACUAUCAAUAACCACAUUUCUAAUGUUCGGACCCUGGCACUGUGGGAGGCGAACACUAACGGUGGAGAACCAGAGGCAAACCUCAGAACCCUCCUGUUCUCCGCUGGCAGCAGGGCUGAGAUGCAGUGCUAUCGACUCCUGGUCACGCCAGACCCCACCACCCCGGCAGGGCUUACUUGCCAGGUUACUCAUCUGAUUUCCCACCGGUUAGAUGAGCACUGGGACCGCCAGAGGAACAAGCACAAGCUUAUUAAGAUGGACCCUGAAACCAGGUACAUGUCCAUUGUUGUGGUGACCAGUCCUCAGCAAUCUGGGCUCAGCCUUGUCCUGGCUGCAGCCUGUAGUGAUGGAUCUGUGAAGCUCUUUCUGGUGGAUGAAUUGGCUCGGAAACUACAGCUCUUAGCAGAAUCCUUUUACCAUCAACGCUGUGUCCUGAAGGUCCAGACAUUUACAUAUGAGGCAGGGACUAGAACAAGGUGA